UCGCACGGCAUGAGGGCAAUUGUCGGCGCCCGCCAAGAAUGAGAAGCUGGGCCACCAGCGCACCUGCCCGCACCGCAACCAGUGACGACGCCGGCGAGGAGUCGAGGCGAUGGGAAACUGCGGCACAAGAGAGGAGAAUGCCGUCGUCGCCGCGCACGCGCAAGUUCAGCAGCUGCACUUGCUACAACACUCUGCCAAGAAUGCUCUUGCAGAAAAGAAGCACAACCGAACCUUUUCAGAUAUAAGUGAUCCUUCAACGCCUGGCAAGAUUGAAGAUACCAAGGACAUCUCCAUAUACAACAAUGUCAUUGCCUUCACAUUGUUUGAGCUCGAAACAAUCACAAAGAGCUUUCGAGCGGAUUAUGUUCUUGGCGAAGGAGGCUUUGGGACUGUUUACAAGGGUUACAUAGACGAGAAUGUCAGGGUAGGCCUGAAAUCACUGCCUGUUGCUGUUAAGGUGCUCAACAAAGAUGGACAUCAAGGACACAGAGAAUGGCUGACUGAGGUUAAUUUCCUGGGGCAGAUAAGGCAUCCAAAUCUAGUGAAGUUGAUUGGAUACUGCUGUGAAGAUGACCACAGGCUGCUCGUCUAUGAGUUCAUGUUUCGAGGAAGCCUAGAAAAUCAUUUAUUUCGAAAGACAGCUUCCCCUUUACCUUGGGCUACUAGGAUGUCUAUAGCUUUGGGAGCUGCCAAAGGGUUGGCUUGCCUCCACAAUGCUGAAAGGCCUGUUAUCUACAGAGAUUUCAAGACCUCAAAUAUUCUGCUAGACUCUGAUUAUACUGCUAAGUUGUCUGACUUUGGCCUGGCCAAAGCUGGACCAGAAGGCGACGAGACCCAUGUAUCGACAAGAGUGAUGGGAACAUAUGGUUAUGCUGCCCCUGAAUAUGUGAUGACUGGCCACUUGACUGCUAGAAGUGAUGUCUACAGCUUUGGCGUCGUCCUUCUGGAGCUCCUGACAGGGCGCAAGUCCAUCGACAAGUCCCGGUCCAGCAGGGAGCACAGCUUGGUCGACUGGGCCUGCCCGAAGCUGAAUGACAAGAGGAGGCUUCUCCAGAUCAUUGACCCGAGACUGGAGGGGCAGUAUUCAGUUAGAGCCGCUCACAAGGCUUGCAGCCUCGCGUACUACUGCUUAAGCCAAAACCCCAAGGCGAGGCCUCUCAUGAGCGACGUCGUCGAGACCCUCGAGCCGUUGCAGUUGCAGAGCAGCGGUGGAAGCGAUGCAACUUUCCGGCCUAUUCAUGCCGGCGGCCUCCCCGACUACAGAAUGCACCGGAGGCUAACGGGGAACGGCGUCCACUACAGGGCCAUUCCGAACCCCAAAUGCACCCCCGCCGUCCCGGCCUGCAGGGUGCGGUGAGAAGCCUGAUGUUUCGGUUGCUGUUGCUGCUGCCUUGAAAGGGAAUAGGUUCAGUUGUAAAUUGCAAACAACCGUGGAUGGCUGGUUCGUGCGUGCGUGUUCUUUUUGUUUGUUUACAUGGUUUUCUCGAUGUGUAAAUUUAAUCCGCGUGCUGCUGCUGCUGCUUGUAAGGCCCUCUAAUUUUCUCACUGUGGUCUUAUGUGGUACCUAGAGAGAGUGGGCCCCCUUGCCGAAAACCAGCAGGGUUUAACCCUAGAGAUGAACUGCUGUGUUCAUAUAUGCUGAAAUGGAGAUGC